CCAUAGAAUAAGAAAAAGAUGGCUCUGUCACUUGACCAGAGACAACUUGAACUUGCACUUGACCAGAGAUAUCUUUGCACUUGACUCACUUGUCUAUGAUCUGUUAUCUGUGCACUUGUCAUCGUGAUCGUGACAUCUUAAAAAUUGAACUGGCUACAUUAGUAAACAAAUUAAAUUAAAAACUCAAAGAUCUGCAGUAAUUAUCACUUUUUGAACCACGUUAAAGAAAAUGGAUAUGAGCAGAGAGAGUUCAUCCCUAGUGAAGCUAGAGGAAAAACUAGAAAGUGUGGACGUUCGCGAGCAAUAUAUUGUUGGAAGAGAAUAUGCAAUCAAAACUGAAGAAAAUAACAUAAUUUGCUCAAAUACAGAAGUUGAUACAAAUGAAUUAUCCACCAAAGAAACGCCCCAAGUAUUAAGUGCGCUGAAAAAAUAUGAAUCAACCAAGGAGUAUGAAUGUCAUGAAAGUGAAGAAAAUGAUCUUGACAAUCACAUAAAAGAUGAUUAUACUCACAGUCCGAAAAAUCAGAAUGAAGAACAUGUAGAGUCUUUACAUUCAACUAAGAAGAAUCAUAGGUGUGUUAUGUGUGAUUUUGAGACAAGGUAUAAAACUAGCCUUGAUAUACAUAUCAAAUCUGUUCAUUUGAAUAUAAAGAUACACCAAUGUUACCUAUGUGAUUAUGUUGCGAGUGAUAAGAAUAAACUUCAUAUACACGUAAAAGCAGUGCAUUUAAGAAUUAAAGAUCACAAGUGUGACUUAUGCGAGUAUGUUACGAGUAGAAAAAAUGCCCUCAAAAAGCAUGUCGACUCGGUUCAUUUGAACAUCAAGAAACACAAGUGUCACUUAUGUAAAUAUGCUGCUAGUGAGAAAAGUAAACUUGACAUACACGUGAAAUUUGUUCACUGUAAAACAAAGGGAUACAAGUGUCAUCUAUGCGAGUAUACUGUGACUAGGAAAGAUAGACUUCAAAAUCAUAUCGAGUUCGUUCAUUUGAAUAUCACGAAACACAAGUGUCACUUGUGCGACUAUGGUGCGAGCGAGAAGCAAAAACUGGCUCUACAUAUAAAAUCUGUCCAUUUGAAGAUUAAGGAACACCAGUGUCAGUUUUGUGAAUUCGGUGCGAAUGAUAAGAAAAAACUCGAUUUACACAUAAAUUACGUCCAUUUGAAAAUCAAGGAUAACGAGUGCCACCUGUGCGAUUUCGUAACAAGUAGAAAAGAGAGCCUUCAGAGGCACGUGAACAUGGUCCAUUUAAAUGUGAAGAAUUUCAAGUGUGAGAUAUGUGGAUAUGCUGCGAGUGAAAAACAAUGCCUUGAGUUACACGUGAAAUCUAUCCAUUUGAAAAUUAAGGAUCACAGGUGUCACUUAUGCGAGUUUGUUACGAGUAGAAAAAGUACCCUUCAGAGUCACGUCAAUUCCGUUCAUUUAAAUAUCAAGGAACACAAGUGCCACUUAUGCGAUCAUGCUACGAGUGAAAAAAGCGACCUUAAUAAACACAUAAAAUCUGUUCAUUUGAAAAUUAAGGAACACAAAUGUCACCUGUGUAACUAUGCCAUCAAUACGAAAAAAUACCUCGAUUCACACAUCAAAUCUGUGCAUUUGAAAAUAAGGGAACAUAAAUGCCAUCUAUGCGAGUAUGAUACGAGCAGGAAAGAUGUUCUUCAGAGGCACAUCGACAGCGUUCAUUUGAAUCUCAAGGAGCACAAGUGUCAAUUGUGUGAUUAUGCUGCGAGCAAGAGAAGAGACCUUCAAAUUCACGUGAACUGCGUUCAUUUGAAGCAUAAAGAACACAGUUGUCAUCUGUGUGAUUACGAUACUAGCAGUAAAGGGGCACUUAAUAGGCAUAUCGACUGUAUUCAUUUAAAUAUCAAGAAUCACAAGUGUCAUCUGUGUGAAUAUGCUACGAAUGCCAAAAGGGACCUCGAAAAACAUGUCAAAUCUGUUCAUUUGAAGAUAAAGGAUCUUAGGUGUCACCUUUGCGAUUAUUAUACAAGUAGAAAAGAUCAUCUUCAAAAUCAUAUCGACUCUGUACAUUCAAAUAUACUAACUAAUGAAUAAAAUUGGAAUAUCUGUUAUUUUCGAAUAUAUUAUUUUUUUGUUGGGUUAUUUAGUUGUUAUCUGAAUGUAAACAACCUUUUUUUGGAUGUUGGAUUAUGGGCCUUGAAAAUAAUGAGGAUUUUGAUCAGUCCCUAUGCCAAUAAAAUUCUUUCAACCUCAA